AUGCCUUUGCUAGGAAAUCUAGAUCCAUUCGAGCCAGCGCCGCUGCUCUAUCUCAUCCUAACAUGCCCCGUCAAGCUGCUGCUCCAAAACGCCUACCGCAUCCUCACCUUUGUUCGAACCUCCCCGACACCCCUCGAUCACCCCAUACGAAUAGUCUGUAUCUCAGAUACCCAUUCGUUAACAACCGACGUGCCUCCGGGCGACAUCCUCAUCCACGCCGGCGACCUCACAAACGACGGCAGUAUUCCCUCUAUCCAAGAACAGAUCAAUUGGCUCGCCUCCCUCCCUCAUAAACACAAAAUCGCUAUUUCAGGGAACCAUGACACAUACUUCGAUCCUCGGACGCGGCCCUCGCUGCCCGAGGCUGAUAGGGAAGGCAGAUUGGAGUGGAACGGCAUCCACUACCUACAGCAUAGCUCUAUCACGCUGAACAUAUCCACCCCAUCCACAACCUCCUCUGAACCUUCAAGCCUCGCGAAAACUAGGGAAAUAUGCGUCUACGGUGCGCCUCAGAUCCCCGCCUGUGGCUCUUUUACCACAAACGCAUUUCAGUACCCGCGCGGACUAGAUGCAUGGUCUGAAACAAUCCCAUCCAACACAGACGUGUUAGUCACGCACACCCCACCGAAGCAUCAUCUCGACCUACCUCUUCCCUCAGGUAUGGGCUGUGAGCAUUUAUAUGAUGAAGUCAAGCGCGUAAAGCCUUUACUACAUGUGUUCGGGCAUGUACAUUGGGGCGCGGGGCAGACGGUGUGCUGGUGGGAUGAAUGCGAGGAUGCAUACGCCAGGGGCAUGCAGAGGCCGUUGGGGUGGACCAAGGGAUUGCUCGAUUGGAAGUUGUGGCGUGAAGGGAUCAGGGUGGUUGUGUAUGGAAUUAGAGGGCUGUUGUGGGAUAAAGUUUGGGGAGGGCAAAGGAGGAACACGAGGUUGGUUAAUGCAGCACAGAUGCAUGGGAAUACGGGGAAAUUAGGGAAGAGGGUGGAAGUUGUGGAUAUAUAG